AUGGAAAGUGAUGGAAAGUACGUCCGGGCCCCUGUCGUGUCCGAUAGUGAGAGCAGCGAGUUUGACAGCGAGGAAGAUUAUGGCCAGGAUGAUUCGAGUGCGGAGGUAGGUUCCGAUGGAAAAAGCCGAGCUUCCUCCAGCUCAUCUUGUGACGACGAUGAGGCAAGUUACUCUCAGGGCGGUAUGUCUGGCAAUCAUGGAAGUACUUCGCAAACUACGAGUAAUGCAAACCCAAUUAGCGACGGCGACCACCUUCAAAGAAUGGAGAAUGUACUGGCAGACAUCACGAAGGCAUUGAAUGUACUGCGAGCUCCGAUGAUCCCGAUCAAGGAUACCGAUCAAACCUGGAGUGCCCCCGCUGCCCUCGCCGGAGUUUCGGACCCUUGCUCAUCAAGCAUCCGUUGGGAUAAUAUCAAACCCUUUCCGAACGGAGUGCCGGCCAACAAAAUGUGGGGAGAGUGGAACCGAUAUAUCGAGAACUUCGAGAUUGCUGCCACUCUCAACAACGCAAAUGAUCCAGUCCGAAGGUGCCAAUUGCUGUUUCUUUCGGUUGGUGAGGAAUUUCAAGGCAUCAUCAGGGCAGCAAAGCUAAGGCCCGAGCUGAACGACGCGAACUGCUACCGCGUUUUCGUCAGCAACAUCAAGAGCUACCUCCAAACAAUGACCGAUUCAGCAGCCGAGCACGAGGCGUUUUCAAACAUGAGGCAGGAAACAUCCGAGUCAGCAAUUGCUUUCCAUGCUCGCUUAAUGGAAAAAGUCCGCUUGUGUGAGUACAGCCCGGCAGAUCAAGAUAGAUUCGUUCGAUCGCAACUUCUCAAGGGACUGAGGAACAAGGAGCUUGUAAAGGCCGCUCGAACGUAUGGGUAUGAUACUCAGUACAUAGUCCAGGCUGCUACCCGUGAUGCAUCAUAUCAAGCUGAAACAGCAGUCAGCGAAUCGUCAGAUGUGUAUGCUGUGUAUCGUGGCCGUCUUGAGUCGAAUGGCCGUCGAAGCCAGAAGCGUUCACGACCUGGUGACUGGAACAGGCCAACAACCGCGAAGCGACCUCGUGAAGAACAUAGCUUUCGGCGUGAUUCGCGAGAUCGUGUUCGUAGCAACCGCUGUCCAAGGUGUAACCAGUAUUCGCACAAGAAUUUCCCGUGUCCAGCGUUGCGAAGGAAGUGCAACUCGUGCCACGAAUUUGGACAUUAUGCAGCAGUUUGCUGUAACACGAAUAUCCAGCAGCUUCGUGUAAUGAAGGAUGAGUCACCUAAACAAGAAAAUGAAACGGCCAAUGAUCAGCACAUCAACACACUCUCCUUGGAAGACGUUCUAGUUGAUUGUCGAUUGGGAACAUCAAGCCCAAUUCAAUUCCUAGUCGAUUCGGGAGCAGAUGCGAAUGUUGUCGGUGGCAAAGAUUGGAAACGCCUUAAAACGGAACUCAAAUCAGGCAUCACGAAGCUCAAAAUUCUCGACAGGACCAGCUCAAAACGUCUCCAUGCAUACGGAACAUCAUCGCCCAUGGCAGUGGAAUGCAUUUUGGAGGCGGAAAUCACUAUCCCGGGGAAACACGGACUCACAGCAACUUCAACUUUUCACGUCGUACCGGAAGGUCGAAGAUCGCUACUAGGUAGAACUACGUCAAGUGACCUGGGAUUGUUGCAGGUAGGUUCUGAAAGAAUUUUCACUGUUUUAGUAUAA